AUGUGUAAAAACUUCAUCACAACAACAACAUGCCGAAAGUGCGGCCACUGUGUCAACAUCGAAUUCGACGACAAGUUCUGCGAUGACUUCAAGAAAAAGGGGAAAGAGUGUCGCCGAGAAGUGGAGCACAAGCAGAAGGGGGCUGAUCCUUCAAAAUGCUCCGAGUGCAAGCAGAGACGCAUGUCACUGUAA